AUGCCCGUCGAACUGUACCACUUCGAGUCGAGUGUUCCAAGUCGCGUGGUGCGAAUGGUCGCCCGACAUAUUAACCUGGAUCUCACGCUGAAAGAACUGGACAUCUUCAAGGGCGAGCAGAGGAAGCCGGAAUUCCUAAAGAUUAAUCCGGAGCAAACGGUUCCUACCAUCGUGGACGACGGAUUUGUCCUCUCCGAAAGCCGCGCCAUCAUCACGUACCUGGUGAGGAAGUACGCACCGGACAGCCCGGUUUACCCGAAAGGAGCCCGUGAGCGGGCCCUGGUCGACAAGAUCCUCAUGUACGACAUCGGGACCUUCUACAAGAAAGUCGGGGACUACUUCUACCCCGUGCUGAUGCACAAGCAGCCGUACAAUCCAGAGCGGGAAGCUGCCAUGGCCAAGGAGCUCACGUUCGUACAGACUUUCCUGGUCGGUCGAAAGUACAUGGCCAGUGACGAGCUUUCGCUCGCCGACUUCGCCCUUCUCGGCACCCUCACACUCACUGAAAUUGCAGAUUACAGCCUUGAUGGCUACCCUCAGCUGAAGGAUUACUACGAGAACCUCAAGGCCGAGCUCCCAUACUUCGAAGAGAUCAACCGGAAGGGGAUCGAUUUCUUCAAGGCCUACGCCAAGCGCUGA